GGAAGUAGGUAUAUAGCCUAGUAACACUCCAAAAACGCUCACGGUGCCGGUGCCGGUGCCGGUGCCGAACUCAUAAGCAAAUUGAAUUCCUUUAGAACCUCUGGAAUCUGGAACCUCUCAUAUGUCAUACGCAAAGCUCGAAUUGCAGAAGCUCGUUCCAGUAAUGAAUGACCUGUCAUCCCCGGGCCCAGGGCGGCCGCCCCUCUUGCCCUGGCUCAGGGACGGGCCUGAGUGCAACUCAAAAGUAAAGUUGAAGAAGAAAAGGGGAAUAGAAUUAGAAGGGUACCAAAUAGAGGGUUUAUCAAUAGCUGGACAUGAGACAUGUAUAAUCUUCCCCACUCUCAAACUUGCUUUCGAUAUUGGAAGGUGUCCUCAACGCGCCAUCUCCCAAGACUUCCUCUUCAUCUCUCAUGGUCACAUGGACCACAUUGGAGGACUACCAAUGUAUGUUGCAUCUCGUGGCUUAUUCUCUUUGAAACCUCCUACAAUUGUUGUGCCUAAAGCUAUAAAAGAGGAUGUCGAAAAACUUUUUGAUGUGCACAGAGCAAUGGAUAAAUCUGAGCUGAAGCAUAAUUUAGUUGCUCUAGAUGUAGGAGAAGAAUUGUCUAUCAGGAAAGAUGUUACUGUGAAAGCAUUUAAGACAUAUCAUGGUGUUCCCUCUCAGGGAUAUGUAGUUUAUUCAGUUAAGAAGAAGCUUAAGCAGGAAUACAUCGGCCUUCCCAGUGAUGAGAUCAAAGCUUUGAAGUCAAGAAAUGUGGAGAUUACCACUACCACUACGUCACCCGAGAUAGCAUUUACUGGAGAUACUACAUCUGACUUCAUUGUUGACCCUGCUAAUGUUGAUGUGCUGAGGGUAAAGGUUCUAGUAAUGGAGUGCACCUUUUUAGACAACACAGUUACAGUGGAGCAUGCAAGAGAAUGUGGACAUAUACACCUGGCUGAGGUUGUGAGGUAUGCUGAUAUGUUUCAGAAUAAAGCAAUUCUUCUAAUCCACUUUUCAGCAAGACACUCCCAUGUAAAUGAAAUUGAAGAUGCCAUUUCAAGAUUGCCGGUAGGGUUGGCUGGCCGAGUAUUUGCACUCACAGAAGGGAUUUGAUGACUGAUGUUCCAUAGGGUUUUGUUUGAGUUGUUUUGAUCCAUUAAUAUUAACUAACCUCUUUUUCCAACUCCCUUUACCCUCUCCGGGAAUUCAACCAUAUAUAGUACUUGUACGCUGUACAUAGAUUCAGUUUUUUUUUUUGAAAGGACAUAGAUUCAGUUCUUGCAUAUAUUGGAAGGUAUUUUUGGAUCAAAUAGCAUCUGCAGUUUUCUCAA